CAUUUCACUUAUUUUAUUGUGCCUCGAGGCUACAGAACAAGUUUUCUGUUUGUUUUCAUAACGAAUCCUCUUUUGUAUCGGCCUCUCGUCUCUUGCUCUAAAUUAAGCACAAUUUAGUUGUUUCCUUGUAAAUGUUUAUCUUUCACCUCGUAAACUGAGUAAUAAUAUAAAUAAAAAUCGCUUUGUGGCAUUUUUUGACCAUUUGAUAAGAGUGAGAGAGAAAUGAAUACCCUUUUGUUUUUGUCUCUUUUUGUGUCCAAGUUAAAGGAGAUUGCUGAAAACGAUAAACAAUGAAUGAGUCAUAUUGUGUGCGGGUGCACUUUGAAAUUGGUCAUGAAGCAACGUUGAGGAACAAGAAAACCCCAAACGGUUUCACCCAUGACUGGGAAGUAUUUGUACGCGGCGUAGAUGGGGCUGAUAUACACCACUUCGUCGAUAAAGUUGUGUUUCAUCUACACAACACAUUUUCAAAGCCGACAAGAACAUUUAAAGAACCACCUUAUUCUCUCAAAGAAUCUGGAUAUGCUGGAUUUAGCUUACCGAUUGAUAUUUACCUUAAAACUAAAGAUGAGAAUAGGAAGCUUACUUUUUACUACGAAUUGACAAUCCGAGCAAAUGGAACCAUUUCAAACGUCACCAGGCACAAAACGGACUUCCCAAAUCCUUCAGAGGAGUUUAGAAGGAAACUUAUCCGUGGCGGUGGUAUUGGAAUAGGAAACGAUGGACUAGCGGCAAUUGCUGAAAAACCUCAUAACACAUCAAAUAGUCAUUUAGAUGAUUUAAAAUCAUCACCACAUUCUUCCUCAAAGAUUAAAUUAAACAAUAAUGUGGACCAACCAAAGAAACAUAAACCAAAGGACGUUACAAAACCUGAAGAAGUCCUAUGCAAUAAUUCAUUUGCUGCACUUUUUGGACCACCAAUUAAAACAGGGAAACACUCACCUAAUUCCAAACAACCUUCUAAACUAAGUUCAGAGUCCAAAUUAAUGUAUGAAAAUAAGGUCAAAGACUCAAGCUCUAAAUCUACCAAGCAUAGCCCUCACAAAGACAAAGACAGGGAAAAAGAUAGUUCCAAAGGGAGUAAGAGAGAUAAAGAUGCCGAAAAGAUGAAAGAAAAGGAGAAGAGUAAAGACAAAGAUAGCCACAAAGAGAAAGAGAGAAAACCCAUUAAAAAAUCGAUAUCUCCUUUGCCACCUGUUCUUAAAGAAAUAAAGAAAGAAGAGUCUAAGAAACUGGAUGAUAGGGAAAAGGAAAAAUCUUCUAAAACCGACAGUAUAAAGUCAGAUAAAAAGCAUAAGGAUAAGAAAAAUCGGGAGGAUAGGGAUAGAAAGAGAGAAGAUAAACACAAAGAACAUGAAAAGAAAGAAUUGAAAGAGAAAGAAUUUGUUGAAAGGGAGAAAAUAGAGAAGAAAUUAGAACCCGUUCCUGUCCCUCCUGCUCCUGCUCCUCCUCCUCCUCCCCCUCCUCCUCCUACCCCAUCCAUACCCAUAAGAGAGCCUAAAGAAAUUAAAGAACCAAAAGAAUCUAAAUACAGAGAUAAAAGCAACGAAAAAGAAGAUAAGAAAAUUAAACACAAGAAAGACAAAGAAAGGCAACACGAGUUAAUAAAACAAGAAAAAUCAAAACAUAAACACAAAAAGAAAGACAAACAUAAAAAAGAAGAAGAAAAGAGUCGAAUUAAAAAAGAGAAAAUGGACAAACAAUCUCCAGAAGUCUUAAUACCUAAAAUUCCCAAGCCAAAGACUCCUCCUAGAGAAAGAUCUCCUAGCCCACCAAAAAAUAAAGCUGGUGUCAACCCUUUAAACAUGCUUUUUCAAGAACUAUCUGAUAAAGAUUCAGACUCUGAUUUCUCAGGUAGCAUGGAUGAAGACAAAACGGAACCUCCAAAGCAAAAACUUGAGGAGAAAAAAUUUGAACUGAAAGAAGAGAAAAAGGAGAAGAAAGAUAAGAAAAAAUCUAAAGACAAAGAGAAAGAAGGUAAGAAAAGAAAGAGGAAGUCCAAAGACAAGGAGGAUCAACCGAGUGAGAAAGUAGUCAAAGUUGAACCAAAAGAAGAGAAGAUCGAGAGGUCGCCAUUGCUCCGAAAUGAAGAAAUUGAAAGGUCACCUUCGCCCGACAGUAUUUUCACUGAUGCGUACGUCACCCAACUCAAGGAUCUUCAACACAAAAUUAUGACGUUGCAGGACAAUGCUGAUCUGCAAAAAGUGGUUCAAGUCAUCUCAGAAACAGGUAGAUUUGAAAUAACCCAAAGGACUUUUGACUUUGACUUGUGUGCAUUAGACAAAAGUACUGUAAAAAGAUUGCAGGACAUGUUUAUCGCAGCAAGUUGAUAAUAGUUUUAUUUUAUCUUUUGAAUUUUAUAUACAUAUGUAUAUACAUAUAUAUAUGUGUGUACUGUAUAUUUUUUACCAUUUUAAAUUAAAAUUCUUUCACUUUUAGUUCUUUUGCUCAACAAAUUUUCUGGCCUGGUUAGAGUAUUUAUUCAUCCAAUUGUUUAUUAUCAUUUUAUUUAAUUAUUUUUAAUAAACUAGACUGAAAAAUUUACUUGUUAAAAUAUUUGAGAAAAAAAGAAAAUUAAAAAAUGGAAAAAAUUGCAAUCCCAAGUUCCUAAAAAUGAAUCUUAUAGCUACCACUCUAGAAUAUAAAAUUUGAUUAAUUAUACAGUAUAACAGUAUUACAAUCAAACUAAUCAUAAAAAAAUUCCCAAUAUUAUGAAUGCUAUUGGGUUUAAACUAGAAAAUAUGUAUUACUUUAUAGUCCAGAAAAUUUAUAAAAUUAGAUUGUACCUCAGUUUAUUAAAUAAUUGAUAUUUAAUCUAUUUUACAAUUUGUUUAAUAGCACAUUUAUUAAGAAAUUAAAUUUGAUGAUUACUAUUGAUACAUAUUAAUUAUAUUUUGUGUUAAAUCUGUAAUGUUAAUGACGGAAUUAAUUUUAUUUUGAACAUGAAAAACUUUUCUGUAUAUUAAUAUCAAUUUAUAUUUUGUUGAAAAUGUCUAGCCCUUAUAAAACUAUUGAUUGGAUUAUUAAUUUGCUUGUAUUAAUCGAAAAAAUUCUUUCUAAUCUGUUAAUAUUUCACAUAAAUUGAAAAUGUCCAGAAACUUGACUUGAGAAAAUGUUAUCAGGAAGUAGGAGUAUUCAAAUUUAUUUACAAACUUCUAAAAAUAUUUGACUUUUUAUUUCAAGUCACUGAUUUUUUGUUUUGUUGUUGUUUACAAGCAUAAUUUAGAUUCUUAGUUGAUAGUAAUGGUUUCAACAUGAAAUUCGGUAUUUAUAAAAAUGUAAUUAAAAAGCAAAACAAAAUUACAUUGCUGUGUUUGUGUAAUAUAUGGUAAAAAAGGGGCGUUUGUAUUUUUUAAACUGGAGUAUUGCCAAUCAUACAGCAAACUUUUAUAAGCCGUCAUAUAAGUUGUAACUGCGAAACAGAAAAAAAACCUCAAUAUUGCCUCUUAAUAGAAAUAGAAGUACAAAUAUUAGCUGCCUUUAAUAUAAAACUGUUUUGAAAACAUAAAAUGCCUUAAUAACAAUUAAUGGUUAUCUUGAAAAGGGACUAAAAUGAUUGUGUAAAAAGAUUGUGAAUUAGUAAAGCUUGUAAGUUAAUUUUUCUUUCUUUCUUUUUAUUUCUUUUCUUUUCUGUAGUUGUGAAGAACUUUCUUUGUGCGUGCGUGUGUG